AAGGUGGCUAGGGUUUGGUCUCGCCUCCUCACUCUCCUUUGCUGUUGUCCUCCCGGCGGUGCGGUUGGCGGCGACGGAAGGAAGAUGUCGAAGAAGAACAGUCUCGCCAAGAGGAAGAAGCAGUACGAAUUCGACCUCAAGAGGGAGAAGGAGGCCAAGGAGCAGCAGGCCAAGAAGCUGCAAGCCAAGAAAUCCAAGAUGAAGAUAGAUGGUGGUGAUAAAAAAAGAAAGGGUGGUCAAUUUAAGGUUGGCAAGAAAAAGGUGAAGACAAAACUUUCAGCCUUAGCGAAAGCCAAAGCUGCUCAAGCCAUGGAGGUCGACAAGUGAAGCGGCUCUGGAGCUUUUGCAGCGUAUAAUAUGCAUUACACUAGCUAAAGUGCUGAGAUGAUGCUGAAUUUCUGAGCGAAAUGACAAAGUUUUGUGCUCAGAUGGAUAGCAUUUGACUGGACCAGAUUGGAACCAUGUACCCCUUUGCCUUUCUGUUGCUGCUUCGUGUACUCCUGUAGUGGUAGACUAGUAGUAAUAAAGUAUAAAUGAGUCUUUUUUUUGUGUCUCAAAAGAGUGUUAGCCUGGAUCUCUGAUCUAUGCUCUUUUAUUUGCUUGGAAGCAGCCAGCUUUUGCCGGUGUCAAUCCCUCAGUGUUGUGUUGUGUGGCCACAGUGAAUCAUUCCAUGGUUUCCUUGCCUGUCCAGCAACUCAAUGUUGGCAAAUGAUGCGUGCUCUUUUUCAUCA